AUGCCUCCGCUAAUGGCAAAGGCCCCGACGCCCCCCAUUCCCCCUUUCUUUCCCCCUCUUACUUCCGCUCCCAGAGCCGUCCCAAGCAUGAGCAUACCUCCGCUUAUGGGGCAGGCCCCGAUGCCCACCAUUCCCCCUCUCUUUCCCCCUCUUUCUUCCUCUCCUGGAGCCACCCCAAGCAUGAGCAUGCCUCCACUAAUGGUGCAGGCCCCAAUGCCUGCCAUUCCUCAUCUCAUUCCCCCUCUUUCUUUCACUCCCAGAGCCGUCCCAAGCAUGAGCAGGCCUCCGCAAGCGGUUUUGGCGGCUACCUUUCCACCUCCUCUUGCUUGCUCUUCCUUCUCACUUUCUUCUGCAACUCCCCUACCCAUCCCUCCGAAUGCUCUCAUCUUGGAACCACCCCCCAUGGCCAGCAACAUCAGGAUUCAGAUCUUGUCAAAAAUUCUUAAUGUUGGCACCAGAGGUGGAUUCGCUCCCGACCCCAGUACCUCCCUAUUCAGAACUGAUAUUCCCACAAACCAUCCACUGAGACCUCUCCUCGAAGAUUCCCUCAACUCUAUUCUUCAAGCCGUCUCCCCCAGGACCCUCCAAUCUUACCUAACAGCAUGGAAAUGUAAAACAUUUCACUCUGCUUACAACCUGCUGUUCCCCGGCUUUUCCUUGCUCACCAUCACCUCAUUUAUCUCUCAGCCCAACAUCAACAAAAACCUACAAAUCAGCUCCAUUAAAGUUUAUCUAAGCGGAAUCCAAUUUUUCCACAAACUCUACGGUUCACCCUCACCCCAGAUAGCCAAUUCACAGACCUCCCUACUUAUCAAAGGUAUCCAAAGAAACCAUCCCACCGGCCCAGACACCAGGCAAUCCAUAACCUUAAAAAUAUUGACUAAAUGUAUUUCCACCCUCUACAGAGGUUACCAUUCCAUUCACACCACCAGCACGCUUGACGCCAUGUUCAACCUGGCUUUCGCCGGUUUUCUUAGAUGCUCUGAGCUCGCUAUCACAUCUAGCUUCAACUCAAACAUCCACCCCACUAUCUCCGAUCAAGCGGUGCUGGACGACGAAACCAUCUCUUACUUCAUUAAGCAAAGUAAAACUGACCAGUCUAAGAAAGGCCAUUUCAUUUUCAACCUCCAAUCACCCAUACUACCAUACCAAGCCCUCCUAGCCUUCAUCCAGCUCAGAAAAUCACAGUCCAAACUCUCAUCCGGCCCCCUUUUUACAGAUGACUCCAACCGCCCUGUCACUCAUUUCUGGUUUCAAAAGCACCUUAAGUCCGUUCUGCUCCUAUCCGGUACCCCAACUGAUAACUUUUCCAGCCAUUCAUUCCUAAUUGGCAUGGCAACCACAGCAGCCCAAAAAGGCCUCGCCCAGCAGCAGAUACAAGCACUCAGUCGCUGGUCAUCAGAAGCUUUCAAGAGCAUACACUCAAACUUCAGACCCACCAUAGCUAACCCCUUUAAUCACCUAAUCAACCUAUAA